AUGGCGCACUCCCUCAUCUCGGCCCUUUCUGGCCGCUCCGUCUCCGCUGGGGGUAUACCGUCACUCAAACUUCCGACAAUCAAGGUCGGGUCCGAUUCCGACUCCGAGUCUUCGAGCGACGAGAGCGACGACUCGGAGUCCGACAGGACAAUCAAGGUCGAGUCCGAUUCGGACAACUCUUCGAGCGAAGACUCAGAGUCCGACAGCUCCACCGACGACGAGGCUGCACCCUCAGGUCUGAGCCAGACCAAGCAGGCAAGGAAGAUGCGAAGGAGGAGGGCGAGAAGGGCGGAGGCGAAGCGGGCGGCCCAGGCGGCGGUGGCGGCUGAGAGGGGAGAUCACAAGCCGUCUCGUGCUAGUCUGCACGUCCCCGGUCGUUCGGCCAGGGCGAGCAGUAUCUGCUCUGCGGCUGAGGCGAAAGUAUACGUCGAUCUGGCCAUGGCCGUCCCGGACAGAGCCUUCUCGCAGGAAGACAAGCUGCGCAUCUGGCAGGGACUCUGCUAUGAGCUCGGCCUCGCAGACAUCAAGGAGGAGGACAGCGACUCGGACUCAGACUCGGAUUCGGACUCGGAAGACUCGGACCAAUCCUCUACCGGAUUCGCCGAGUUCACCCGCCCCAUGCCCCAAUCGCUCACGGCCGCCCGCAACCUCCUCAAGGCGGAAGGUCACGUCAACAUCCGGGACUACUUCGACGCUCGCAAGCUCGGAAAAGUCGGCGCCGGCCGCUAUGCCCACCUCGUCCAUCCUACCGCGGGUAGCAUGAUCCGGUACACCAUCGUCAACAAGCGUUUCGUCAAGCUGGCGAUAGCCAAGGGGGAGGCGCUUGAGCCGUUGCUGCGGUUUUUCUCGCGAUCUCGCAAGGCAUCUGAUAAUUAG